GCAGCCCAUAUUACCGAGGCGAGCUAAAGAAGAAGAGGACGGACCACUGGAAGCUGCGGCGACGAGUCGAACAUGCCGCUGUUCCCUUCGCGUCGGCGUCGGUCCCGCUUCGUGCUCAAAAUCUCGAUCGCCUUCAUGAUCGCCUUCACGCUGUUCGUCAUCUGGAAGGACGCGUGGUACCACCACGGGAAGACGGCGUCCUCUGCUUCUGCCACACGAAAAGCGGGCGCCAGGCGCUCGCGGCGGUCCACCCAGAAGUCGGCCAACAACGCCUGGAAGUGGAUGCCGACUACAGAGGGAACCGCGGUCUCCUUCUACGACGCUCUGUCGACGCCCGACGCGGUCAUAGACGGCCCGGAGGACACGUCCGGCGAGGACCCCGAAGAGCGGGAGUUCAUGGCUCGUUUCCGCAAGGACUGGGGACGGGACGGCCGCGGCGUGUACCUCUCGGGACCUGAGAAAGUGGCGGCCGACAAGCAGUACAGCAAGGCCGGCUUCAACGUGUACUUGAGCGACAGGAUACCCUUGAACCGGACGCUGUUUGACAACCGACCGCGCAAGUGCCUGGUGUUGACGUACCCGAAGGACCUGCCUUCGGUAAGCGUGGUCAUCACCUUCUACAACGAGAUCCUGUCGGCGCUGCUGCGUACCGUGUACAGCAUCGUGAACCGGAGCCCGCCGCGCAUCCUGCGCGAGAUCGUGCUCGUGGACGACUUCAGCGACCUGCCGGAGGUGAAGUCGCAGCUGUACCGCUUCCUCAGGCGCCACUUCCGGCCGGGCUUCAUCCGCCUGCUGAGGCUGUCGCAGCGCGAGGGCCUGAUCAGGGCUCGGCUGGCCGGCGCCAAGGCUGCGCUCGGUGACGUGAUCGUCUUCCUGGACUCCCACUGCGAGGUGUUCGACGGUUGGCUCGAGCCGCUGGUCACGGUCGUCAGUGACGACCCGACCACCAUAGCCAGCCCGGUGAUCACCAUCAUCAACGAUCAGUCGUUCCUGCACCAGGGCGGAGGGGAGUUCUUCCUGCAGCUGGGCAGCUUCGAGUGGGACGGUGACUUCACGUGGAUCGUUCCGCCGCGCGGCUGGCGCGACCCGGACCCGACUCGACCCAUGCGCAGCCCGACCAUCGCGGGCGGCCUGUUCGCCGUGGACAGGCGCUACUUCUUCCAGAUGGGCGGCUACGACCCUGGCAUGAACGGGUGGGGAGGCGAGAACCUCGAGCUCUCCUUCCGCAUCUGGAUGUGCGGUGGGCGUCUCGUGGUCGUGCCCUGCUCGCAGGUGGGCCACGUGUUCCGGUCUCUGCGUCCCUACACGAUCCCCAACGAGAAGGACAGCCACGCGCGCAACACCAAGCGUGCGGCCGAGGUGUGGAUGGACGACUACCGGUACAUCUUUUACGAGAGGAAGCCCGUCUUCAACGAGCUGGACGCGGGGGACCUGACGGAGCGCAAGAAGCUGCGCGAAGACCUCAACUGCCACAACUUCCGCUGGUACCUCGAGCACAUCUUUCCCGGAGAGGUGCCGCCGGUGCCGGAAAUCCCGCCGGAGCCUUAUGACGGCGGCGAGGAGACCGUUGAGCACCAAGUCUGAGCACCUACGCGCACACGUUGCCGCCUCCAGGCCUUCUAUAGUCAAUCAAAGACCAGAGUCCGCCGGUGGCGCGAUCAAGCUAUACCGUCUCCAAAGCCCCACCUAUAGACGUCACUAGGCCUCGGCGCCUCUUCUGUGACAUCUCAGUGAUGCCGUGAAGUUUGCCUGAUUGUUUGUUUAUGAAUGGCUACAUUAAAAGAGGUUGAGAGAGAGAG